UUUCCCCUACUCUUUAUGAGUUUAGGUGCAAGGACCUCAGAAUACAGCCUGGAAGAAAUUGAUGAAAAGGAAGAGAUGAGUGUGCAAGAGGGAGAAGAAAGUGGAAGUACGGAUACCUCUCUCAGGACAGAAGAGGCUACUGCAGCCUUCAGCUCUACAGAGGUACCACUGGAAACUGAAAGAAAUGAUCGUGCUUCAUCAGUUCCUGUUCCUGGCACUGUUUCUGUAGACAACUCACAAAGCUUCAAGGAAGAAAAACAAGAAAAUAUGAGCACAGAUGGCAAAGAGCUACAGACUCAGUUAAGCAGUGACCAAGCUGCAUUUGAGAAAGACAGGAAGCUUAGAAUUUUGGAACAAAAUAAAAAUUAUGAUCACAGUGAUAGAACAAUCCUUACAACAAAUGAAGAAGGGGGAGAAGAGCAAACAGCAAAAAUUAAAGCAGUAGAUUUUAGAGAAAACAGCAAACUUGAAGUUGACAGACUAUCAAACUGCCAAACAUCUAAAAAUGACAUUGCCAUAAGUCAUAGGAAUUACACUCAACUGAUUCCGGGAAAGCAAGAUCAGAAAACAAGUCAAACCAGCCUGGACACCGUAAAAACUCAGGAUGUUGCAAUUCAGACAGGUCCAUUGGUUAGCAAUUUGGGAAGGACUUCACAAAAAGAAAUGUUUGUCCCUCAAGACUAUGAAUCAUCCACAUUCAAAGGAAUCCUUCAACACAAUACAGACACAAACAAUCCUGGUCUUCGGGUGAUGCAAGGAAUAUGUAAGAAUGAAGACAUUUCAACAGAACGAAAUCUUCAGAGGCAUGAAGUUCCAUAUGAAAAAACAAUACCCAUGAAAGAUGAAAUUCAUAUUUGUACAAAUGGCAGUAAUGCUACUUCACCAGAAACAAUUGCAAAAACUCCAGAUGGGUCUCCUAUAAGGGGUUACCCUCUUUAUAGACAAGACAUGAAACCUAAACCUAAGCCUGCUAAUGAAAUUACAAGAGAUUACAUACCAAAAAUUGGAAUGACUACUUACAAAAUUGUGCCUCCUCCAAAAUCCUUGGAAACAAUGAAGAGCUGGGAAUCAGAAGCUACAGAUUGUAAAGGUCAAGAAGUAUCUGCUUCCAAAAACUCUCUGAAGUAUGAAGACACCAAAGAAUUCAUAAUGCAAACUGAAAUUCCUCAUCUUCCAAAAAGUACAGGUUACUUACAAACUGGUCUGCAAAAUAUACCUGCUGCAAAAAAUGAUCUGCUGCACAGAGUGAACAGCAUUUCUGAACAUGGGGUGCCAUCUGGAGCCAGGGUUACCACGGAGGUCAAUCAAAUAGAAACAGUGUCUUCUAAACAGCAUAUCCCACUGAUGCUAAGCUUAAGUAAUUCAAAUGCUUCUUCUGAGACUCAGGAGAAGUCAAAUGCACUAAGUCCUACAACUAAGCCUAGUUCUUUUUAUCUGCAGAUGCAGCGAAGAGUUUCAGGUCAUUAUGUGUCAUCUGCAAUUGCCAGAAGUACCAUUUGUGCUCCUAAUUCUAUUCAAAAUGAAGUUAAAAAUACAGAGAUGGAAAAAAAAAUCUCAUCACCUGAUGAAACUUCUUCGUUACAUACAACAAGUAGCUCCUCUUCUCCAGCAGAUGAAGAAAAAGAUGAUGAUGGGAAAAAAAUUGAAUCCUCCACUUCUCCUGUUAAAAACAAUAAACCACCAAGUUUUCCCUCCUGUCAGCCAGCACCAUUGAACCUAAAAACUCUAAGAACUUUUGCAGUUCCAAAGCCAUACUCCAGUUCGAGGCCAUCCCCUUUUGCACUUGCUGUCUCCUCAGCAGUCAAAAGAUCACAGUCAUUCAAUAAAACACGUACAAUCUCUAGUCUGGCACCAAGAGAAGAAUUUCCUGUUGAACACUCAUCUGCCUCUUCUGCAGCUGAAUUCUCCUCAGCUACCUCCAUGCCUCAAGUGAAAAACCCUUCCUUACACAGCAUCACGGGAGGGCCACAGAAUAAUCUAAUGGAUAAGAAAAGCAGCAAUGUGAGCAGUAUUGAGCAAAAGAUUCAGGCACAGUCAGGUGCUUCACCUGACCACCCACGCCCUGUCAUUAUGAGACAAACCUCAACGCCAGUCCAGCGCUCUGACCCAGAACAGAUCCACCAGAGCUUGCUGGCUGCAAUCCGCUCUGGAGAAGCUGCUGCCAGAUUGAAAAGGGUUGGUCCUCCAUCAAACAUUGUAUCUGUCAAUGGAAGAGCCAGGCUUAACCAUUUGUAUUCCACAGAAGCGAAAGCGAAUCACUAGAUAUUACGCCAAAUAUUUUGCACUUUACUACUGCUUCAUAGGCCACCUUAACAGUAACUACCGAUUUUUGAAAGUGAUUAGUAUAUUUUUAUCAGUUGAUAUAGGAAUAUGACACUGAGUUCCUUUGAUGCCUUGGAAAAGAUUAUUAGAAUAUGUAAAUUAUGGUAAUAAUUUUCUCUAUAUAAAGCUGAUUAUGCUGCUAAAAAGGUUUAAGAGAAGGUGCAGAUGAGCUCUGCUUAUGUUGGAAUGAAUAAAAAAUAUGUUGAUUUCAGCCUUCAAGACAGAACAAAUGUAGCAGUAUGCUGAAAUUACAGAUUUAAAGCAAUCUAGAUUUUAGAUCAUUAAUUUUCAAUUGUGUAUUACUUUAACAGAUUGUAUGAAUUUAAAUCUACCACAUGCUGCCUCCAUAUUACUUUGUUAAAUUAAAUUUGUAAUUAGUAGAAAACUAUAUGUGAUACUUUUGUUCCUCUUAAAAAAAA